GGCAUUGACCGUCCAUUCCUCCUUGGUUUCAUGAAGAGGAGCGCCUAAUAUGGACUUCUGGAACCUGACGUAACCACAGGCUGGCCUUUAAGAACAGCCCGCCCCUCCUCCGGUAGCUCUCUGCUCAGAAACAAGCGGACCGCCUCGCUCUGUUUAGCGACGGAGCGGCGCACGCGCGGUUAGUGACAGUCGGAGCGCCGUCCAAGUUGAGCCUGUCUGCGGGGAGACUCUUCAGCUUUUCUACAUUUAGCAUAAUGGAUGCAGCCGCAGCUCCGCAGGUUGUGGUGAACCAGCCGAAUGAUCUAGACGAAACAAACUCUGAGAAAGGUGCAAGCUCAUCGGCUGACGACCACCUUUUGACGUUAAAGACAUUGGCAGAGAAGCUCAGACUGGAGACCAGGAGGCCCUCUUACCUGGAGUGGAAAGCCCAGCUGGGGGAAGAAAGGCUCAAAGGGUCAGAACCUGGAAAACAGCCGGUCCAAGUGGGAGCUGAUGGGAGAUUGGCUGUCCACAAAGGGACUGCAAGUGACAUUCAGCCUAAACAAUCAUCAAGUCCACUAAAAAACAGAUUUGAGAACAUCGAUGAAGCUCUCAGUUGGCUUAGAAGAGAACUAACAGACAUGCGCAGGCAGGACCAGCAGCUGGCGAGGCAGCUCAUGCAGCUGCGGAGCGACAUAAACAUGCUGAAGAUCGAGCAGACGUGUCACCUGCAUCGGCGGAUGCUCAACGACGCCACCUACGGGCUGGAGGAGAAGGACGAGCUUUCGGACCUGCCGUACGAGUGCCCGGUCACCCCGGGACUCGGCCUCUCAGCCCCACUGAGGCUCAUCGGAGUCACCAAAAUGAACAUAAACUCUCGCCGCUUCUCGCUCUGCUAAGAAAGAACAAAACAAGAGACACUUUCAAUUUCUUAAUGAUGGAUUGGUAAGUGGUCACAUGACUGAGUUGCACAUUUUAGCAACUUUUGCAUAAAAAAAGACAAAUUAAAAGCAUUUUAUUGGCAAACAACUAUCAGUAAAAGGUUGAUUAAAGGUUUUUGCCAAUAUGAAAAGUGACAGCUCAUGGAAAGGCAACAAUAACACCACAAAGGCAUCCUUUUUAAAAGAUACUAGAAGCUAUUCAGACCAUCAAAACAGUCCUGUUGGUCUUAAAGUGAUUUCUUGUUCACCCUCAACGGCCCAUCAACUACGUACUUAGCUAAUGUGUUCUUGUGUGUUUCCUUGGUCUCAAGCCAAGUUUUAUCAAGCACAGACUAAAUACGUAAAUAUAUAUUCUAUAUAUAGAUUUCUAACUUCAAGUCAGUUCAAGGCAGUCAGUUGAACUCAUUAGUGUUUCAUUUUGUCUCCAGACUUGACGUUUUUCUGUAAAAAAUGCCUUAUUGACUUUAAAAAAUACAUACUUUUGCAUAUUUUUGUUUUAUCUGUGGGAAAAAAAUUUGAGGUUGUUUUGUUUCCUGAAAUUGAUAGUCUUCGGGAAACUUCACUUAUGUAACACUGUCCUGCACUUUUCCUGAGCUUUCCUCGCUGUUUGUUUGAAAAGCUCCACGUAGCUUCAUUUCCUGUGUAAACACGAUAACGUGUGUACCAAAUGAAACCAUUACAAGCCCUCUUCUCUGACUUUAGUGGUGCUGCAGCUUCAAACUGUUCAUCAAAGAGGAACAGGCUCCAAAGAAUGUAAGAUCUCAACCUUCACGUGUUCGAUUUCGAGCUUGAGUUGAGAGUGACUCAGGCUCUCUGAAGCAGAUCAUCAAGCCUCUCACUGAAGAUUGUUUUGUUUUUUUCAAUGCAAAAGCAUUGUGACUAGUGAAAAUUUGUUCCCAUUACCACCUCUUAAAUGACGUUUCGUCCUCCACGUUUCAUGGUUUUACAGUGCUGUACACUCCAGUGCGCGGCCUUUGUGUCGUCUGACAUGAAAACAGUCGCUGCACCUCCUUAAUCUUAUAGAACUGAGCCUAUAAUCAUCUGGAGCAUGCCCUAAAGGGCCCCAAUGCAAAAUUCCUAAAUGGUUUCUCAUCUUUUCAUGUAUGAAACCUGUCACUCAAGCACAGCAGAAGAAAGCCUUUCAUUACCUGAAGGGUGCAGUCAUGCAUGCACAGAACUGCUGCAAAGGGAACAAAGAUGAAGCAUUUCUAAAUGCUCAAACUCUAACUGUAGAACCUAAAACAAGAUCUGAAUUGAUUUAUAAGGAGGCUGAGUUGGCCUGUCUGCACCUUUGAGCCUCCCUGCAUGUUGCUAAGAGCAUCCCUCACAAACAGUUAGCAGGGGAGGGGGGGCGCAAUCGGCUUCUUAUCUGACUCGUUCCCAAGGAACCAAGCUUGUUCGCUAUUAAGUUUAAUUAUCCCUCUCAGCUUUGGAGAACGGCAUAAACACUCUGGCCUUCUUUCCAGGUUCUCAGUCACUCUCGCUCUAAUGGCUCCAGGAAAUAGCCAGGAUCAUCUAUGCACGCUCGUCUGACUUUACUCAUUGAUCCCUGUGUCUGCAGCUGAAUGAUUGCACUGAGCUUCAGGCUUUCAUGCAUGAACUCCAGCUUCAUCUGAGCUGUCUGCUGAGAACCCUGCCUAAAGAGCUUUUACUUUCACAUAAGCUGCCAGUAAUCAAUUCGGGUUAUUUUUCUUCAUUUUUCCCCUUUCAAAAGAGAAUAAUUAGCGACCAAACACACUUUGGCAUGGCAAUAAUUCCAUACAUUAGCUAUCUAAUUUGCACAACAAAGUAACCACUUGACAGGCGUACGAGAGGCUAGUGAAUCUGCUCUAAAAGCGUGCAGACAGUAAGAAAAUACUUGGUAUUUUUAGGAGAUGCUGUGACAUUAAUGUGUUUCAAAGAAACUGUACUGUGAUGUUCUCUCACACUUAAUCUGGCAGUUGGCAUCCUAUUCCAGUAAAGUGACAGAUGUGAUAACACAGAGAGGCACUUCUCACCAGGAUCAGAGCUGCAAACUCCAGCCGACAGAAACUUCACCAAGGGGAACCAGAGGGAGUCUGGCAAGAAUCCCAGACUGUCGGCAUGCACGCUGCAAAGACGAGCUUGUUAAACACCACAUCCACACAACCUGAGACAUUACAAAAGGAAAAAAUCAUUUCUAUCUGAUGGAUUACUCACUGCUUUGGAUUUUUUUGUACUUGAAUUAUAUGAAAUUUCCUCUCUGUUUAAUCCUUUUUUCCAAAACCCGAAAUCUACUUUUACCACAGUAAUUAACUUUACAUCCUUGAUGGAAUCUGACAUUUUUAUUGCUGAAUCAUUGGAAAUGAGAGUUUUAUGGAUCAGUGGAGCACCAGGACCAAAGCUUGGAGAGGAAAAUGAGCUUCAGUGCCACUGUUUUUCUGUGGAAAACUUCUGGAUCAGGUUGCGGCUCUUUCUGCACGUCUCAAAUCUAAAGUGCAGCAGUCCUGCAACAGGUUUUUAGGUCACAUCAAUUCACUUUCUGCAGCAAAGUGAGAGAUUUUUAAAAUAAUAAAAUAUUUUUGGGAAGAUA